CGUUGAAACUCCAACAGCCAGCAUGCUCUCUAACCAUAGGUUUGUUAGCUUUAGCGUUAGCGCUUUGGUAGUCAAGUCUGAGUCCGACAGUCAACAGGGAUGGGAGAGACGCCUGUGGUGAUCCUCCAGCACCAGAUGAGUGGCAUAGAGUGACGGUGCAAAAGCAAUGUUGUGCUGCCGUGUACAAUGAAGAAGAUAUUCAGCUUUACUAAGAAAAAGAAACCACCGUCCGGUACUCCUGACAAUGGGAGUGUGCUUUCUGUUGGCUAUGAACUAAAAGACAAGGACCUCGGGAAGGUUCACAAGGCUGCCUCAGUGGGUGAUGUGGCAAAGUUAAAGCAGCUUGCCAAAAAGAAUGACAUCAAUCAACUUGACAAGGAAAACAGAACUGCACUUCAUAUUGCCUGCGCCAGUGGACAUGUUGAGGUGGUGCAGUUCCUCAUUGAGAGCAAAGCCAAGCUUAACCUAUGCGACAAUCAAAAUAGAUCCGCCUUAAUGAAGGCAGUGCAGUGCCAGCAUGAGCGCUGUGUGAGUAUACUGCUGGAGAAUCAUGCCGGGCCUAACCUUGUAGACAUCAACGGCAAUACAGCCCUACAUUUAGCAGCAAACAUCCCAUCCAUUUCCACCGCUAUCUUGCUACUGGAGCAUGAGGCUAACAUCAAUGCACAGAAUAAGGAAGGAUUCACACCCUUGAUCGUGGCAGUCCGUGAGGACCAUAUUGAGAUGGCUGAGUUUCUCAUCAAGGCGGAUGCUGAUGUCAAUUUUGUGGACCAAGAUCAAAGGUCUCCGUUAAUGAUAGCUGCUGGCAAUGGACAAAUUGGUAUGGUGCGGCUGCUGUUGCAGUUUAAUGCCGAUAUCACACUAAAGGAUACCAAAGGAUGGUCAGCAGAUGACUACGCAGUGAUGAAUGGGCAUCAUCCUUGUUCCCUCCUGAUCAUUGAGCACAGUACCCAGAAGAAUGAUGGACAAUCCCUAUCGCAUCAAGGUCCAAGCAAAAAGAAGAAAAAAACGCUAUUGGGCAGUCCUUCCCAAGUUGUUGAAGCAGGCUUCUCUCUGGGUGGACCAGCCACUGACAAAGAUGAUUUUGAAGACAAUUCUCAGUCGGAGUCACUAAGUCGGAUUUCAAAAAGUGCUGCGGAUGAAUGGCCUUCAUCUGAAGACGAUGAUGAAUCGAUUUUAAUCGAAAAGAAACCACAGAAGGUAAACCUAAGGAAAAUGAUUGCAUCUAAAAGGGGAGAAGCUUCUGCAAUGCCUGACAGAUCCUUGAGUGGUUCAGAAUCUGAGCCCGAAAGUGAGAAUAGAGUUCAGAGAAUCCCAUCCCUCCCAAAGGAUUUACCACCCAGCAAAACACCACAGCACCCAUUAGAUCCCUCUCCCAUUUCCUUACUACCCAAAGCACCCCAGAUGACUUCUACCCCUCUUCCAAGCUACAGAAAGAAAGAAGAAUCCACUGGGGAUGAGGAUGAUGAUGAUGAUAAAGAGGAGGAGGAAGAGGAGGAAGGAGACAUUUCAGAUGAAAAUGAUCAACCUGAAGGGAGUGGAGAGUCCCUUGAUGCCACUUCACCUGUUCCAGAGACAGAAGUCUCCAAAGAUAAGAAAAGAGAUUUCCUGUCCGAGCUGGGUCUAGAGAAGGGAGAGGAAGAGCCGGAUUCUUGGGACUCUGAGUCCCACUCUGAAAACCCCAAUAUACCCCAUGAAGAGAAACAAAGCCUGCAUACUCAGGAUCAAGAAGAGACAACCAAAGUUCAAGAAGAGCUUAAAGACUUGUUUUAUAUUCCCUCUUUUUUAAGAGGAGAAGGAAGCAAUAGGAUGGCAGUGCUAGAGCCUUGGAGGAGUGUAGGCAGGCCAGGAGGAAGCCAGGGGGAGGUUGGAAACAACAAUAAUUGUGACAAUGGAGGUGAACAUGUUGAUAAAGAUGAUACUAUACAGAACGAGACUGAGAAGGCAAAAUGGGAACCAGUUAGUGUAUUGAGCAAACUUGAAGGCGACAAAGAUCGAAAGACAGACUUAAUGGAAGAGCUUGGUCUGGGCGAUUGUGAUGAUCUGGAAGAUGCAUCAGACUGGGACUCGGCCAGCACUACCAGUAAGAGAACCCUGCCUGGCCGCAAAAUGGCCUCUCCUGGGCUUGAGGAGUUCCCAGAAUGCUCCAGUUCAUCUGUUAAACAGCAGGAUGAAGACAUUGCCCCAGCAACACCUCUGACACCUCAGAGGAGUAUCAGCACCGACAAAAGGCCCCCCAGCACACCCCCCCAACCUGUGCCCCAUCCCCAACCUCGAGCAAGGAAGUUGGUGUUUCAGAAACCGGAGAGUGAAGAUGAAUCAGAUUGGGAACCAGACAAUUUGACGUCGUCUGCCAAAACAGCCAAAAUUGAGCAGCAAACCACAGCUGAGCGUCAAGCAGUGGUUAGACCGGGUUCCCCUGAGCUCUCACUGAUGGGAGGAGACAGUAAAAGUAAUGUGGAGUCUGACAAGCAGCAGCAAAAGGAGAAAGAUGAUGCAGUAGAUACAUGUGAGUUAGAUCUUAAUAACCCAUGCCCGUCUGGCCAUGUGGCCUCUGAUGGUGGAGAAAAGGAGAAUGACUUUAUAGAGGAGCAACUCAGUCCAGAAGAAAGAAGUGACCCGGGUAAUGGCGGCACAUGGGAGAGACGUUACGAGAAGCUCUGGGUAGAGGUGGAGAAAAAGGAGGUAAAAUCCUCCUUCAAGAAUGUUGCUGGUGAAUUAAAAGAGAAAUUCGGAGAACUGCUUAAAUCAAGAUUUCCUGCUGAAUGCACCACAGAAGAAGAACAGGCCGUGGCUGAAUCUGAAGAGUCAAGUGAUGAAGAAGAAGAAGGGGAAGUCAUCGUGCGCCCCAUGGCCAGAGCGAGGAGUACUGUCCUUCUCACCAUACCUGAGCAGAGGGAGUCUGGACUGGAAGAUUCUGUGACUGAAUCAACUGACAAGUCUGUAUGUGAGGACAGGACGCAGGUCUGUGAACGUCCAGCUAGUGAGGGCAGCGUGUGUCGAGAGCCAGAUCUGCUCUCUGAUGAGGAGCGCAGGUCUCCUUCACCACAACUGACCACAGCACAGAGACAAAGCAGCAUACAUCAUGUUACUGCAGCUUCUGCUAAUGAUCGUAGCGUACCAUUGUCCGAUGUCGACACGUUCUUAGAAAAUAUGGCCAAACUUGGGCCAUUCCAGAAACCACAUCUGAACCUUACCGGGAAGGACACCACCGAUAAUCUAGAUGAAGCAGAGAAGAUCAAUGCAAGUUCAGAAGAUGAUCCUGAGGAAUUCAACGAGUCUCGUCCCCCCUCACUAAGCAGACGUUCAGCAUCUGUCCCAGGUGUUUCUGAUGAAGAGCUGGAAGAGGACAUGGAAAGGUUUAAACUUGAGGCUGGCAAAGAGACGACAAAGACGGCAAUGGAGGUGCAAAAAUCCAGUACUUCCUGGGAUGCUGGUGGAAAGUUAUUGGAAGAAGUGGGUACUGAGAAACCUGAGACCAGGUUAGGAUGCCUGUCAAGUCAGGCUGGAGCAAUUCACCAGGAAGAGCAGCCUGUGGCCACUAAGAGCACCAACGGGGCACCAGUACAAUUGCUUCUGCCAAUCCAGCAGACCUACAGUAGCAACAAACAGGAGGGGCAAGCUGUAGAGGAGACCUUACAGCUUGAGCUGGUCAGAGGGGCCCAGCGCAGGAGAGCCCCUCAGACCAACAUCCAUGCUAAUGGAGAUCCUCUCUCAGUGUUUGACGAUAGCACUUUAAGUGAAGUGUCGGACGAUGAAGGAAGGUUUUCAACCAGCGGACAACAGAAAAACGAGAACCCUGAAGAGAUGGAGAUGGCAGAAGACUUUGAUGAACUCACUCAGUCAUCGGAUACAGAUGACAUCGACUCCCCCACUUCAGGCUAUCGUCAUGCAUCCCUCCUCAUUCAGAAGCUGGACUCAGCCACGUUGGACUCAAGAAGCAUGGUGAAGCUGCAGAACAUUUUCCACGAAUAUGAGCGCUCCAUUCAGAAGGCAAGGAGUCGCCAUGGUUACCUGUCAGACAAGGUGAGCCAGCUGGAAAUGGAGAGGGCAGAGUUGAAGAGCUCUCUGGAGGAAGUUAAAGAUGUUAAGUCUUGCUUGGAGCGCAAUCAGCUGGAAUUGCAGACUGAAGUCACAAACCUCAAAUUUCAGCUGAAACAGGAGCAGGAGAAUCGCCGCAACGCCACCAUGAUGUACAACACCACCAGAGAUAAGUUGAGGAGGACGGAGGAGCAGCAACAGUUAGAAGUUCAGGAGAGACAGAAGGUGGAGCUCACCCUCAGGAAUCUGGAGCUGGAGAUGCGAACACUGGUCAACAACAUGAAACAGCUUGAAGAGGACCACAGUGAGACCCAGAGGCUGCUGGUUCAGGAGCGCAGUGCCCGGACACUGCAGGAGAAUCUGCUCAGCAGCCACCUCCGUAAGCAGCAAGAGAUCGAGGACGAGAACAAAAGAAACAUAAGCAAAAGCAACGAGGCGUUGUCUCAGCUCACUGAGGCCAGUGACAGGGAGAGGGAGUUGCUUCAGCAGACUGCUACCUUACAGGAGCAGCUGACCAUCCUGAGAACAGAUUUCGAGCGUUUGCAGGCCAACGGCAGUCUUAAAGAGAGUCACAUUUUGGAGGAGAAUGACGCCCUCAAGGAACAACUAGAAGACGCUCGGCGAGAUCUCAAACUCAACAGUGAAGCCCUGACCCAAACUGUGUUCAACUGCAACAACCAGGUGACCACCCUGAAGUCCGAGUUGGCUAUAACAACAACCCGCCUGGAAAAUGAGCGUCAGGCUCGUGAAACACUGGAGACGGAGGUCGAGUCCACUCGUACCCGCCUGGCUGGAGCCGUGAAGGAGGCAGAGCUUUGUCUGGCGGCUCACACAGAUACAGAGAGAGUUCUGCUCCGGGAGAAAGAGGAACACCAGCGUCUCAAAGACAAACUCACAGGUGAAGUAGCCAGUCACCGUGAGGCAGUCAGCAGCCUGUCCCAGAAGCUGGCCAAGGCAGAGUCUCGUGCCAACAGCAUGGAGAAUGAAGUUCAUCGGGUCACACUGCAGCUGACGGAGAAAGGCCUACUGCUGGAGGCCCUACAGCGAGAGAAGGACCAGGCAAGUGUACGCGUCAAGGAGCUAGAAACGACGUUGCAUGCAGAGAGGGAGCUGGUCAGCCGUGCCGGGGCAAGGCAAGAGGCCACGCAGGAGCGGCUAGCCCAAGCUCAGAGUGAGGGCAUGUUACUACGGCAACAGCUAGAGGAGGCCCAAAACAAAGGGGUUGCAAAGGAGCGUGCUGUGACAGAUGCCCAAGAGCGUUUCAGUGACAUCUUGUCCAAGCUGCGCUCUGACUGUGAAGAGAGAGUACAACUGAUGGAGGAGAGAAAUAAGGAGCUCGCCAGUAAGGCUGCUGAUCUGAGAGAUCAGAUCUACAAGUUGGAGGAAGAGAAGAGCGAAAGAGAGGCUAGUCUCAGGCAGUUGCAGCAGGAGCUAGCUGACUCACUCAAGAAGCUGUCGAUGAGCGAAGCUUCUCUGGAGGUCAACACACGCUAUCGCAAUGACCUGGAGGAGGAAAAGGCUCGACUCCUCAAAGACAUGGACAGACUCAAGGGAAAGCUGGAGGAAAGCGAAGACCAGUAUGUGCAGGCUGAGAAAAACAUUAACAGGCUAAAGAACAUGCUUGAUGAAAGGGAAAAGGAACUCACCACUGCUGCUCAGAAACUCCAGGAGGCGCUGUCCACCUCAGGAGCUACUGAUACCACCAUCAAACAGCUGGAGGAAGCGGUGCAACGGCUGGAGAUAGAGAAUGCCAGGCUGGAAGCUACUGCAAAGCAACAAUCCAACAAAAUUGAUGCACUUCAGAAAGGAGCUCAGGAAGCUGCCAUGGUCAGAGGUCAUUUGGAGGACUUGGUUACAAACCUCCAAAGCAGUAAGAUUACUUUGGAAGACCAACUCAGUAGAGAGGUCCAGAAGCAAAGCAUGCUGUCUCACACAGCCCAGGACUCUCAGGCCUUGUGGGAGGAGGAGCUGAAGAGCCGCUCUAAAUUAGGACUGCGCCUGGCAGAGCUUGAAAAGGAAAAGGGAGAAUUGAGCACUCAGAUGGAUAUAGAAAAGAAGAAAGCCAAGAAAAUAGUGGAGCAGAAGAAGGCUGUAGACACCCGGCUGGAUCAAGAGAUUAAGAGAAACACAGAGCUUCAAAAAGAAAUGUACAGGUUGCGUAGUUUAUUAAAGACUGCAAAGAAGAAAUUGCGGGAUCAGGACGCAGGUGGAGCUGAAUUUUCCUCUCCUAUGAGCAGUCUGCGGAUGGACGUAGGCAGACACAGCCAGGCCGAGGGUGCCUUUGGACGAAUGAAAGAUAAGGUGGACGAUCUGCAGGUGCAGCUGGAGAAGGAAGCGUCCCGUCGCAGCCAGCUAGAGAAGGUGAACGGGGAUCUUAAGGAUCAGCUGGCCUCCCUGAAGAGCUUGAGCCGCAAUAAUGACCACCUGGAGAGGAGUAAGAGGCAGCUUGAGGAGGAGGUACUGGACCUGAGACGUCGAAUGGAGGCCGCUCAGGUGGAGCAGAGCCAGGUGGAGCAGUACCGCCGUGACGCAGAGGAUAGGGCCCGCCAGGAGAUACAACAGAAACUGGAGCAGGUCAACAUCUUCCUGCAGUCCCAGGCAGCAUCCCAAGAAGCACUGGAUCAGAUUAAAGCCGCCAAUGAGGCCAACCUGCGCUCCCAGCUGGAGCAGAAGAUCCGGGAGAUGGAGGAGGAACUGGGCCGGGCCCGCAGCACCCAGCAGGACAGCCUCAGCCAAAGAGAAUCCACACGCACAGAGCUGGAGCGAUACCGCCAACUCUACACGGAGGAGCUGCGCCUCCGCAAAUCCCUGGCUGCCAAACUAGAGAGGGCCAACAGUCGGCUCUCAGAAGCCAAUUCCAAGUUGCUCAACGAGCGCAGCAGGUCUCUGAUCACCAACAGCAUCCCAAACGGUAGCCUCGCAGGGCCCUCGCUGGACGUGGGCUCUUUGGCUUCACCAGCACACUACGGGGCCACACUGGGGCCCCUCAACAGGAGCCUAGGCCUGGGACUCUCCCUCCUCAGCCCCGUGACUGAGGGACAGAGCAGCAGGGUCGAGGACUACCUAGCCAAGAUGCAGAGUGAGUUGGAUAGAAACAUAUCAAAGGAAUUGAACUAUGGCGCAGCAGAGCUGGACGUCGCUUCAGCCCGUAUGUCACCAGUGGGCUCUGCCUCGAGGGUGGAGCUGGACCCCGUCAGCAGGGCCACGCAGCAGUACCUGGAGGUACUAAAGAAGAACAAUAUGAUCUGAACACACACCACAGCUGCUUGUAGUCAAACAGAUUUCAUCCAUUAAACAAACUUGCACCAACACUAAGGCCAAAGCCACUGCCUAGUCAUGUAACACCAAGAACAUAAUGCACAUUGCACUUAACCACUCAGGAGCAAAGGGCAUGAGUCAUAUAUAUGUUGGGUACACUUAGAGAGAACCUCGAAAGUAUUUGUUCCUCCUUACCAAUUCUGUUCCAUUUGUAAUUGUUUUGUUUUUAUUAGCACAAAAUAUAUAUAUAUAUAUAUAUAUAUACAGAAUUGUGGUUUGGAUUUUUAUUUGUGAAUAUUGGUGUUGUUACAUUUUGAAUUUCUAAGUAUUUGAUGUACAGUAUGCAUCAUCAUUAAUGUUGCCAAGAUAUUACAUUUGGUACGUGCCAUCAAAUGGUGCAAUAUCUGUCUUGGUCUUAUUUUGUUAGACUCAUUAGAGUAUUGUGGUUAUUGUGGCUUUUAUUUAUUCUUUUUUUUAUGAACAUGAUAUACUUGAAUAAGACGAGCCAGAAUCCUCUCUGGUUAAUGAAACAGGGUGACAUUGACACAUUUGUACAACUGUCAUUACAGCUUUUGGUUGGCUUGUUUUUAGUGCAUCAAAAGUGAAACACACUUGUUUUGGUGUUUUUAUUUUUUUCAUUAUUCAUGAAUACUGUAACAGAAUACAUAUAGGAAAGCAUUUAUGGCGCUUGUACAUUACAGAAGAUUCUAAAGUUGUAAAUAAAACCGUAAAAAUACCCUC